CAGAGUUUUGUGCAGUGCGGGCAGCCUCGCGUCGAAAAAUCGGCUGUGCCGCGGUAGCGCUGUCGACCUCGAACGCGCGAGCUCUGGAGGCUUGGGGCUCAGCGUCACGGUCAAGUGAUUUUUAAAAGAUCGUGCUGGGAGGAAAGCAGAGAAUCCCCGCGUUUUUAGACGCUUCGAAUAGACGAUACGGCCGAAGAGUGCUCGUCAGGUACCGUUUCUUUCUUUCUUUCCCAUGCUCUAGAGCCGCAGUACCCCUUGCAGUACCGGUACCACGGUCCGUCCCCCGUGACUGGCCCCCGGCAGCUCAGGAGCUGCGGUACUUCGUCCGAGGUUCCCGACCGGGUUGGCUUGCAUUGAAUCUAUGAAGCGUGCUCGCCCUAAUUUGUUCAGCUUGAAUCCGAAUUCGUCGGACGAUGACUCUGGCGAGAACUUGAUGGAAGAUUUGGAGAGCGACUACGUCGCUAUACCAGAACUAGAUCAUUACGACGAAAACAUACUGGACCACAGAGAAUAUGGAACAAUUGAUCCUAAAGCUCGGCGCGCUGCAGAGGUACGUUAUAUGCAGCUUGCAAGAUUAGAUAUUAAUUUUACUACAUAGACGGAAAUAGAUGCACGACUUAACAAUAAUCAAACUCGUGUUGCUGAUCAGCUGGAUGAUUUCGGGCACGAAGGUUCGUUGAACUUGCCUAGCAUCUUUGAGCGAAAUCGUAGACGAUCACGGACGCACAACCCGUCGUCGCAACAUUAGCAGUAAUGAAUUCACAGAAGCAACUACUGGUCCAAUGGGAAGCAUUAAUCUCGAGACUAUGGACAUGCCAUUGCGUGAGUGGAUAGCUCAGGACAGAACUAGACGUGAAAUAAAACACCGGUCAUGAUCUCUGUAUCUGAGUCAAUUGCCCAGCCAGACAUAUAUCACCCGCCCAGGUUUCGGACUUUCUUGGAAUCUGAUGAACACCAUAAGCAAGCUAUUCAAUUUAUGUGUGCAAACAACCUCGUGAGUGUCCAGUCCAAACAAACUUGGUGUAGCUUUUAAGCCAAAGGCAAGUUUUGAAGUCUCAUAUCAAAGCCUCAGCUCACACGUGCCAAUUCUUGCCAUUUGGGUAGCAGAUGCACCUCGCGACAUUAUCGAGUUAGUUAUUCUCUCUAGUUGCCUUGUUGAUUAGCGUACGUAGGAUUUUCGAUGAAGUUGCAAAUGAGCUAGUAACGUCUGCGGAGUAUUUCCCAGAUUAUGGUACACACCCAGACAGCGAUGUAACAAUAUUCUAAAAAAAUAUUCUUGUUUCAAUAGGCAAAAUCAAAGACGAGAUUCAUGUACGCAUCCGCGAAUUGCCGAUUGUUGAUACGCUGCGCGAUCUCCGUCAAAACCACCUCAACCAGCACGAACACGUUGCCAGUAUCUCAUCAAUUUAUGAUAUUAUUGUUAACAUUCUUAACACAUAGGCUUGUGCGUGUUCAUGGCGUAUUGUGGUCAGUGUGGAGAUUGCAUUUUUUUCCCAACCCUCUGCCACUGUACCAGGUCGUGACACGACGAUCCGUCGUGUUCCCACAGCUUAAGAUGGUGCAUUUUAGAUGCCUAAGUUGUGACGUAAAUCUCGGACCAUUUAGACAAAAUAAUACUACAGAGGUACCAUCAAUUUAAUGCUAUUUUUCUAAGUGAUUGUGCGUGUUAAGGUCCGGCCUGACUUGUGUCCAUGUUGUCAGAGGCAUGGACCUUUUAAGGUAAACCAGGAACAGACCGUUUAUGGAAACUAUCAAAAGCUAGCGAUUCAAGAAACUCCUGGUGACUUCGUGCGCAGUACAUUAUCGUUGUUGAGACGACCAUCCUAGGUUCGGUGCCACCUGGGCGAGUCCCCCGUCAUAAAGAUGUCGUACUACUUGCUGAUCUCAUAGACGUCGCCAGACCUGGCGAAGAAGUUGAUGUCACUGGUGUCUACGUUCAUUCGUCAAUAUCACUGCACUACUUGUUCCCUGCCAUUCAUCGGGUCUGUCUUAGGUACGACGCGGGAAUCUCGGGUAUGCCUUGUUCAUUGAGUCAUUCAGAUACAGAAACUACACAGGUCGGGCAGGAUUCCCAAUCUUCUCAACAACCAUAG